GACGCCGAGAGCCCCCCGAUCGGUCGGUGCAGGAUGAAGCUACAGUUCAGGGCUGGCGCUUGCAGCCCAUUGGUGACGUGCCGAUCACCAGCAGGCAGCUCUAGCAGGCACCCCAGCAGCCAGAGAGGACUCAGCGGCCUGCAGCAAACCCCCACGCAGCACCUGGCGCAAAGGUCGUCGCCCGCUGCGGCAGCACCGGCGACGCUGGUGCGGGCCCCGGGAGCCAACAACAUCCUGGAGCUGAACGAGCACCGCCGCGGCGUGGGCCUCUGCAUCUACCGCGCGUCUGACGGCAAGGUGUUUGCGGCGCAGCGCAUGGACGACCCGCAGAUGAGCUGGCAGAUGCCGCAGGGCGGCAUUGACCCUUUGGAGAACCCCAUGAAGGCGGCCCUGCGGGAGCUGCAUGAGGAGACGGGCAUUACCGCGGUACGCAUCGUCGCCAGCAUCGACCGGUGGCUGGAGUACUCGUUCCCCACCAAAGUGAAGGCGCAGAUGCCGGGCAGCUUCCUGCGCUACCGCGGCCAGACGCAGAAGUGGUACCUGCUGGAGUACCGCGGGGACGAGAGCGAGAUCGACCUGUCCUGCCACGGCCACCCCGAGUUCUCACAGUACAGCUGGGCGGCGCUGGAAUCGCUGCCCGACGGCGUGGUGGAUUUCAAGCAGGGCGUGUACCGCCAGGUGGCCCGCCACUUUGCGCCCGAGAUUGCGCGCCGCGUGGGCCAGGCCGUCGCCUGAGCUCGCGUCCGGCGCGGGCAGCAGGCUGCUGCCACUGGAGGAACCGCUGGCAAGGUCCUGCUUUGCUGCAACCCUGCAUGCUGUCAUGCCCUGCCCCUCCUUGCACCAGUUUACUCACUGCACCACAACCAUUCCUUCCGCCUUGUGGCUCCCAUCCGCAUUCAAGGGUCCUCUAGAUGGCAGGCAGCGCUUUGCGGCGCUUGCCUUGCCAGCCGGGCCCUUUUCCUUGUGCAAACACCACUUACUUUUUGGCAUCCCCCAUUUUUUGCCUCGCGGCACGCCAUGCCCAAGGCUGCUGCCGACGCAGCAGCGGGCGCCCGCCAGCCCUCUUUUCCACCCCUUGAACAAACGAAACUCUUUGCAAACCCCUUGAGGCCCUGCCCCCUGCCCUGUGAUUUUGUAUCAUGCAGCCGGCACGCGCUUUUGUUUCAUUGACCCUGAUUCAGCGGCUUUGGCGCCCUCCUUUGAUCCACCCCCUCCCAUCUCGUUGUGUACACCCUUUGAUGUAAACAGUAACCUGUUGC